AUGGCAAUCGAAAACGUCCCGGAGAAGGUGGAUGCUGAAGCUCUACAGAACGGAGGCAUAGGACCUCCAAAGUCCGGUGCAAUAUUGGAGGUGAAAUACCUGCACGAGGCGCUCGAUGGGUUCGGCUUCAAGUACACCGCGGAGCCUCCCUACAGGAGCCAACCUCAAGAUCUCUGCGAACAGCAGACCGGCUCCGAUUAUACCGUAUACGCGUUCGUUGUGAUUAACUGCCUUAAGUCGUCUGCAGGUGGCCAGACAGUUCCCGAUGGCACGACCAUACUUCAAGUGAACAGUACGCAUUUGAUUAACAUCGGCAAGGACGUGAUUGGUGAGGGUCAGGGUGUUUCGUGGACUUCUAGUCCGGUCCGAGUCGAGCCGCAGCUACUCCUGAGCUUUCUGUCCGAGCUCCAGCAAUAUGCAAAGGAACUCAACGAGAAAUCGAUCGCCGAAGAUGGCUCGUCGUUAUGCACAAAAUGCGCGCAUUUAUCUCACUUGCUUGACUUUCUAAAGGCGGCAUAUUCGAGCACCAUAGAAACACUCUCUUCCCUACUCGCGCAUGGAGAAGUGUCGUUCGACUUUUUAUGGGCAUUGUACGUUCCCAGGAAGACACUCCUAUAUCUCCCGUGUCCAGUAACAGGCGAGCCACGCGCAGCGCGCUUAGUUCAGGCAGAGCUUUGUGAGAAGUCUGACGACCAGGAGUUCCCACCGCCCAUUGUACAUCAGCCUACCAGCCACUCCAGCGCGAAAAAAGACCUGAAAUACUGGCGUUUGGCCUUGGAAUAUGUCGAGGCCGAUGUCGGAAUGGUGGGUGUACCCAUGGGCGAGUUGGGCUCUGGAACAGGGAUGCAACAGGGCAAUCUUGAGCCGCGGUUCGGAUUGGCAAUGUUGAAUGUCAGACUGGAAGUGCAUGCCUUUAAGGGAACCCAAAAAAUUUCGAGUUUGCUUGCUUACCCGAUUUGCUACUACACCGGUCCAGGGGGUGAAAGCGGACUCAUGAACAGGCUACUCGCUCGUGGACGGAAGUGGGUUGCAGUCGCUGGUGGGAUGCACCACAAGGCCUAUCGAGGACUCGCGUUUCGUUACAGCUACAAAGCAGGUGGAUACGUUAAGAUGAACGUAGAUUCGAGGAUCAUUGCUGAUAGAAAGAGAUUUCAAGAUUUGGUUCCGCACUACAAACUUCCCAUAGUAACAAAGGCCAUGUGCGGACACAGGAUCGACAAAUUUGCGGUGCGCGCAGGCGCCAUUGCGAAUUCUCUUAGCCCAGUUGUCGAUCUCACAGAAAUGGACCUGCUCCUCACUUCUCCAAUCAUAUAUGGCUUUAGUCUCUCCGAUAAGCAAUGGUUGGAGUUCAUCAUUGACUAUGCGUCAGACAUUGAGUGGAAUGACGAAGCCUAUGACCACCUUGUUAUUCCAAUCGACCAUAAGAUUGUCCUGAAAACUCUCGUCCAGUCCUACUCUACCGGUGCCAUGUCGAAGUUUGAUGACUUUGUGGCAGGAAAAGGCCUGGGCCUAGUCAUCAACCUCUAUGGGAGCCCAGGAACAGGAAAGAGUAUGACUGCUGAAGGCAUCAGCGAGUAUUUGCAUAAACCCCUCUAUGUAGUUGGCGUAGCAGAACUUGGUACGACGGCGGAGGUAUUGGAUUUCAACCUUUCUGCUGUUUUGAAGGCCGCUGCGGCUUGGGGAGCUGUGGUGCUUCUCGACGAGGCUGAUGUGUUUCUUGAAGAGCGCAGUUUACAAUACCUUGAACGCAAUGCCAUGGUGGCAGUGUUCCUCAGGCGGCUCGAAUAUUUCACUGGGAUUUUGUUCCUCACGACCAAUCGAGUCCGUGUAUUCGACGAAGCGUUUCAGUCCAGAAUCCAUCUGUCCUUGCAUUAUCACGAUCUCUUACCCGAUGCCAGAGAACACAUUUGGACGGCAUUUAUGAAGAAGAUAAACGGAAAUGUACCUCGAGGAGGGUUGACACAGGAGGAGCUUCGUGAACUUUGCCAGAAAAAUGUUAAUGGUCGGCAGAUCAAGAAUGUUGUUAGGACUGGAGGCGCUAUUGCUGCUUCGAAACAAGAGCCCGUAUCUUAUCAACACUUGUCCCGUGUGUUAGAUUUGAUGGAGCAAUUCCAUCCAAUCUAUGUAUCAGUAGAGGACUUCUGGACCUUCGCCUACACCUUCCAUCCGUGUGAGCCAUCUGGAAAGGCUGUGCAGCCUCACAUAUUCGCUUUGGAAGGCUCACGAUCAUUUAACCUCAUGUGCUAG